GGACAGGACAGUGCAGGAACACAACACCAAAGCCCUGCGCUUUUAGUAGCGCACACCGCGGAGCGUCGCCUGGACUUGUGUUUCACGUUUCUGCGUCUCUACCAGUGGUUGACAGACGUAAUGACUGAUCACUCACACACUUCGAGAUCCUGAUGCAUGUCGACUUAACAUGUCAGAGCUCCUUGAGGUCACACACUUCAGCUUUUUCUCAUAUUUUUGCGGCUGUGGAUUACUCAUACAACACUUUGUGAGGCUGCAGAUGAUAUUGUUUGCACGCGGAUAAACUUGCAGGAGCUCACAAGUCCCGUGUUUGUGAACCGCUUUCACUGUGGGAGGAUAAAUCUGCAGUGCACGUAAACUUGCAGCGUAAACAUUGUACUUGUCGGCAGCCUGUGAGCACUUUCCGAGAUGGAGCUGAAGAGCGCGUGUCGUAUGUUUCUUUUCCCGGUCCAAAUGUUCUAUUAUAUAGUCAGAGCAAGUUUGUUUUCGCUGUUGCCGAGCAGAAGGAAGGACCUGACCAAGGAGGUGGUAUUGAUCACCGGUGGGGGACGCGGCAUCGGACGUCAUCUAGCCAAAGAAUUUGCCAAGCAGGGAGCCAGAAAGGUGAUCUUGUGGGGCCGGACCGAAAAGUGCCUCAAAGAAACAGCUGAAGAGAUCUCUCUCUCAGGAACAGAGUGCCAUUACUUCCUGUGCGAUGUGGCCAAUCGGGAGGAAGUUUACAAGCAAGCCAAGGUGGUUAGAGAAAAGGUGGGAGAUGUUACGAUAUUAGUGAACAACGCAGCUGUAGUCCACGGCAAAAGUCUGAUGGACAGCGACGACGACGCCCUUCUGAAAUCUCAACAUAUCAACACCAUGGGACAGUUCUGGACAACAAAAGCUUUCCUGCCUCGAAUGCUGGAGCUGCAGCACGGCCAUGUAGUAUGCAUAAACUCCAUCCUGUCCCAGUCUCCCAUCCCUGGGGCCAUAGAUUACUGCACCUCCAAGGCGUCAUCGCUGGCCUUCAUGGAAAGCCUGACACUGGGCCUGCUGGACUGUCCUGGCGUCGGCUGCACCACAGUGCUUCCCUUCCACACUAAUACAGAGAUGUUCCAGGGCAUGAGAGUCAGGUUUCCCCAGCUCUUUCCUCCUCUCAAACCUGAGGUAGUGGCCCAGAGAACUGUGGAUGCAGUCAGAGCUGACAAGGCCUUCCUCUACCUGCCAUGGACUAUGCACGCCCUGGUCAUUCUAAAAAGCUUCAUGCCACAAGUUGCACUUGAAGAAAUCCACAAGUUUUCUGGGAGUUAUACCUGCAUGAACACGUUCAAAGGGAGGACAUGAACCUGGAUUUCACAGAAUGUGAGAGCGACCUCAACAUCUCUGGGGUAUGAUGAAGGGAAUAUGGACCUUAAGACAUCUGCAAGUGGAGGAGGCCCCAUGAUAGUGUGAAGAAAAAUACUUAGGGGACAUUCACGAGGGGGAGAGUUGCCUCUGCAGGUAGAAUUAAUUGAUAAGCUGCAGGAUACACCCUGGUCCCAUUUGUAUGUGUGAGUGCGUAUCUGUAUAGUAUGGAGGACUGAAUGCCAUUCUCACAUUGAACAGAAGCCAUGCAUAGGUCUGUAGUUAUUCUGGGAGUUUUUUUUGUGACACUUUUAGUCUGUUUUUACACUUCUUUUUUUUUUU